AUGAAUAGCUUUGAUGUUCCUAGCGUGUUAGUGAGAGCUGCAUCAUUUGGGAGGGUCGUGAUCAGGAACUACCCCUCCCUCUACACAGCCUUCCCUCAUGAUGACGAGGCUGUGACUCAGCAGGAUGGUAGUUCCCCUUAUGGAGCUCGGUACGUGGGCUCCAUGGUCUCUGAUGUUCACCGUACCAUCGCGUAUGGAGGGAUCUUCAUGUACCCUGCCAAUGAAAAGAGUCCUAAGGGAAAGCUGCGUCUGCUGUAUGAAUGUAACCCCAUCGCCUUCCUCAUCGAGCAGGCAGGAGGGAUGGCCACCACUGGCACCCAGAGAGUCCUUGACGUCCAGCCAGAGGCCCUCCAUCAGCGGGUGCCCUUCGUGGUCGGCUCCCCUGACGACGUCAACGAGUACCUGUCCUUCGUCCAGAAGUAUCCAUGAAGACUAUUUUCCAGUGAAGGCCAAGAUUGAAAAAAUGAACAAUCCAUUUUUUUAAAGACCAUAUAGUACUUUCAUAGUAUUUACAAUACCAAUCCAAUACCAAUGUUUGUUCCAUCAGACAAUAAAGAGUUCAUAUUUAGAAAAAAAAGAAGAAAAGUAAAAAUCAUAGGAUUUUAAUUUUAAUCAACAGAAAAGGGUGUAUAAAAUAACACAUACAAUAAUGUCUAUCACUUCAUAAUUUUUUUUAUUUCAACAUCAAGAAAUAAAUAAUUUUCAUUUAAUUAAUUGGUUUUUUUAGAAGAAUAUAUCAGGGGACAAUGAUUGAAAUCUGACCUUUUGUGGCCUUUUGUGUUUAUCAGCUUUUCCUCAUGUUUCUGAUAGAAAAACAUUUCAUUCAUG